AUGCCUCUUGAUAUCCAUGCUUCUAUUCUGCAGCAAGACCAUGCAAACUGUAUUUGCGAGCUGGAGAAGCAACUUGGUAUGAAAGAUUUUGAAGUCAAACUCAAAGGCCAAAUCAUUGCAUGUCUACUGUCCCCUAGCAUCACAGAUUAUGUUACAAUAACACAAUUUUCGGACCUUUAA